AAAAAUGUAAGGCAAUGGCUUUUCAAUCUCAAAGAUGCAAUCUACAAUGCAGAGGACUUGGUGGACCAGAUCAACAACAAUGAAGCUUUGCAAUCUGGGCUUGAAGGUCAAUCUAGAACCCGAAUAUUUUCCAAGUUUGGUGGAAGAAUCUGAUGUCUAUGGGAGGGAUGCUGAUAGGGAAGCCAUUGUUAAGUUGUUGCUGUCUGGAGAAGAAGGUGGCAGUAAAGUAGUUGUAAUUCCAAUUGUGGGCAUGGGUGGGAUAGGCAAGACCACUCUUGCUCAGCUUGUUUACAUGGAUGUUGACAAAAUGGGGAAACAAUGUUUUGAUAUUAAGGCAUGGAUUACUGUGUCACAUGAAUAUGAUGUUUUUAGGUUGACGAAAGCAAUCUAUGAGAGAGUGACUAAUUCAAAAAAUUGCCAUAUCGAGGAAACAUUUCAACUUCAACUUGAACUGAAGAAGUGUUUGGAAGAUAAAAAAUUUUUCUUUGUUCUUGAUAACGUUUGGAACUUGAAUUCUGAAAUAUGGCGUGACUUAAAGAGUCCGCUUGAAGCUGCAGCUUGUGGAAGUAAGAUUAUUGUGACAACACGGGACGAGAAUAUUGCAUCAAAGAUGGGUAGUGUCCCAAAUCAUUCACUGGAGUUAAUAUCAGAGGAAGAUUGUUGGCUGUUGUUUUCAAAACGCGCCUUCAAUAAUGUACUGCCAAAUGCUCAUCCGAAGUUGGAAGAAAUUGGUAAACAGAUUGUUAGAAAAUGCAAAGGUCUUCCUUUAGCAGUAACAUCACUUGCUGGUCUCUUGCAUACUGAACUAAAUCCUAAGAAAUGGGACAAUGUACUAAAAGAUGAGAUAUGGGAUUUACCACAAGAAAAGUGCAAAAUUCUUCCUGCUUUAUGGUUAAGCUACUACUAUUUGCCUCCGCAUUUAAAAAGAUGCUUUGCUUAUUGUUCAAUCUUCCCCAAAGAUUAUGAAUUUCAAAAGGAGAAGUUAAUUCUGUUAUGGAUGGCAGAAGACCUUUUGCUACCCAAAAAUAACAAGAUGCUAGAAGAUGUUGGAGAGGAGUACUUUGAUGAUCUAGCAUCAAGGUCAUUAUUUCACAAAAACAAAUUUCUUGGUUUUACCAUGCAUGACCUUGUAAAUGAUUUGGCUAAAUUUGUAGCAGGAGAAUCUUGUUUGAGGUUGGAUGCUAAUCACUCAACAGUCCUUCUAAAGAAGAUUCGUCAUUUGUCGUGGACAACAUACAAGUCCUGUGAUAUCAAUAAACAGAAUGAUUUAUCCAAAAACAGGGUAUUGCGCACUCUGUUACACCUUGAUAGAUUGAAUGAAGUGAAUAAAGAAUUCUUGAUACAUCCUAAGAAAUUGCAAAAUCUUCAAUGCUUAAGAGUGCUUUCUUUGUGUCGAGUUGAUACUGUCAUGAAGUUGCUUGAUUCAAUAGGCAAAUUGAGGCUUCUAAGGUAUUUGGACUUAUCUUGGACUGAUAUUAGAGAAAUACCUGAUACAAUUUGUAGUAUAUACAAUUUGCAGACAUUAUUGCUAUAUUACUGUAGUAAUCUUAGUCGGUUGCCUGAUUCAAUUGGCAAUUUGAAGCAUCUAAGAUACUUGGAUUUAUCUAACACUCAAAUUGAAAAGAUUCCUGACACAGUAUGUAAUCUGCUCAAUUUGCAUACUCUAUUAUUGGGAUCUUGCAGACAGCUUACUUGUUUACCAAACAAUAUGGCAAGACUGAUUAAGCUGCGCCAGCUGGACAUUAGCGACACAUCCAUAAGAGAGAUGCCACCACAGAUAUCCAACUUGAGACAUUUGGAAAUGUUAAGUGAUUUUGUUGUAGGCACAAACAGUGAAUCAAAUAUCAAAGUUUUGGGUAGGCUUCAAAAUCUGCACAGUAAUCUUAGUAUUAGAAGCCUUGAAAAUGUAUUAAAUAUUGAUGAUGUUUCGGAGGCCAAUUUGAAAGCUAAGAAGUAUAUUACUGGUCUAAGUCUGGAAUGGAAAGGUGAUACUGAUGAUUCACAAAAGGCAGAGGAGGUGCUUAACAGACUUCAACCACACACAUCUCUCGAGCAACUAUCUAUUAUAAACUAUGGUGGUAUAGCCUUCUCGGAUUGGAUAGGGGACCAUUCAUUUUCCCAUAUGGUAUACAUAUGGCUGAGUAAAUGUAAAAGAUGUCACAGUUUGCCUCUUCUUGGACAGCUACCUUCCUUGAAAUCCCUCAACAUUGAUGGAUUUGAUAUGAUGGAGAGAAUAGGUGAUGAACUUUGUAUCAGUACUGGUUCGUCUACGGUGACUAAACCAUUCAAGUCUUUAGAAAAACUGAUUUUUAAGUCUAUGCCUCGAUGGAAGGAGUGGUCCUUGGUUGAAGGCAAAGUUUUCUCACAGCUCAAGGAGCUUCAUUUAAUGGAUUGUCCAUCAUUGACAAUAAACUGGGCUUGCUUCCCUGAUUCUCUUCCAUCCUUGACAGUUCUUUACAUAUCUAAAUGCCAACAGCAGUUGGUGGCUUCACUCCUAAGUGGUCAUCUUCCAUCACUCAGCUCCUUGUACAUAUGUUAUUAUCCAGAAUUGGAGUCAUUUCCAGAGAGGAGAUUGUCUACUAACAUACAUACAGUUGAAAUCAGUGAAUGCGAAAACCUCAAGGCAUUUUCGGAAGAGGGAUGGCCUUCAAAUUUGAAAUCACUUUCAAUUAGCAGCUGUGAGAAGUUAUUCGUGCACCCAAUGCAGUGGAAUCUGAAAACACUCACCUCUCUUGCAUCUCUACACUUCAGCUACAUAGAUGAAGAGGUGGACUCAUUUCCGGAGGAGGAGCAGCUUCCUACCUCUCUAACUUCACUCAAGUUAACUGGUCUUAAUAACCUUAAAUCCCUGAAUGGCAAGGCCUUUAAAAACCUUACCUCUCUAGAAGUACUGAGUCUGUAUGACUGUGAUCAGCUCAAUUGCUUGCCAGAAGAAGGGCUGCCCUCUUCUCUCUACCUAUUGGAUAUCUUUUGCUGCGGUUCACUAAAUGAACGGUGCCAAAGAGAGAUAGGGGGAGAUUGGCACAAGAUUGAGCACAUCUCUCGCAUACGCAUAGAUAAUGAUUAUAUUUGAUCGAUAAUGUACAGAGUACAGACAGCUACCUUGCUUCUCUACAAUUUUUAAGAUUUUUUUAUGUGGAGUCAUGAGACUUAUGUGAUUUCCACAAAUGAUGGAUUGCAUUCAACUCAAAAAUUACAUACUAUUUCAGGAGCAAAGAGCUCUUCUUACAUUUUUUGUGCACUGGAAUCUAAAAGCACUCAAGUCUCCUGCAUUCUUAUAUAUCGAUAGCAUAAAUGAUGUUUGGGAUGGUUGAGUAUUUCUUCAUGCUAUCGGUUGCAGUGCUUGCCAGAAGCGCAUAAUUACUGGAAGGUGGGCUCCCCAUUGCUCAAAGCUAUUUAAUCAGUGUCUCUGGUCUAUCACAGUCAACAUCCCCUGCAUGACGGAUUAAUUCUCAGAAGUUUAGGUCUCCAACAAUGGGGCUUAAUUAAUUCUGGAAUUUAUCAGGACGUUAAUUCAUAACGGAGCAUGAUCGGUUAGUCAUCCCCAUUGAGGAAUAUUUAAGCUGAAAAUUUGUCUCAUAUUCAAUGAAGGAUUUCAACAAGCUAGAACAAUGUCAGUGUUGACAAUGGCGAAAGUUUGGUUUUAUUUUUUAAAGUUAUAUUAAAGGUGGUUUGCUUUUGUAGGCAAAGAAGUAGAUGACUUGAGGCAGACGCUAAGCGAUCGAAGGCUACAUUCCCAUCCAAUGUAUUUCAAGAGCUCAACUAGAAUGAAAGCUAUUCUUCUCCUUGCCUCUCCAAAUGCAGGCACUAUGUGGUAUACUUGUUAUUUGGAUCUUAGCUCAACUUAGGAACUGUUUGUUACCUGUGAAACUUGUGCUUCAUGAUCUAAUUAUGACUUGGUCGCAGUCACAUUCGCUUCUGAUUAUUAGGUAAUAUUUUUUUUUUCUGUUCUUGGAGUUUGAAUUUAGUUAUACAUUUUUAUUAAUUAGUUUAAAUAAAUA